UCUGUUACGGGUAGUUACGGAAUUGACCAGAAACACAGUCACUUUAGGCUUUUAUUUUGAAGGGCUUUUACUUUACUUUUGUUUUUUAAACCCAUUUUUGCAAUAAUUCAAACUUUUUUUGACCUAACGUCCUCUCUUCCUAUUUCUGUCGUCCUAAUAACGCUGUUAAUGUAGGCCUGCUGUGUUUCUCAUCUCCAUUCAGCCAUCUCGGUCUCAGCGCUCAGUAAGGUGGCUUUAUGUUACUCUACACAUGGAGACUUAGAGGAUGACCCAACGGGUGUUUUACUAGAAUAAACCUGGCAGGAGACGAGCUGAUCGGUGUAAUGAAGGACCGACUGGCUGAGCUGACUGCUGGUAGGACACGAGCAGAGGAGGAUGUUGCUGUCGCAGUGGACAGAGAUGGCUUCAUGGAGAGCUUUUUCAGAAGGGUGGAAGAAGUCAGAGGACUCAUUGAUAAGAUCGCCUACCAAGUGGAGGAGGUGAGGAAGAUGCACAGCAUGAUUCUGUCUGCACCCAACCCAGAUGACAGGACAAAGGAACAACUGGAUGCGCUGACCAACGAUAUCAAAGGGAAUGCCAACGUAGUGCGAACAAAGUUAAAAUCCAUGGAGCAAAGUAUGCCCAAAGAUGAUGUGGCUAACAGAGCAUCUGUUGACUUCAGGAUCCAGAAAACACAGCACACGGUACUGUCCAGGAAGUUUGUGGAGGUCAUGACCCAGUACAAUGAGACUCAAGUGUCCUUUCGGGAAAGAAGCAAAGGAAGGAUCCAGAGACAGCUAGAGAUAAUCCCUGCGGCCAGCAUUAAUGAGAGGCUCUCCACACUGCAGACGGAAGAGCCUGAUACUGGAGACGCCUCGUUGUGUUUGCGUCGCCCGGGAAACGGGCAGAGGGCUCAAUGGCCUGUCUGGAAGAAAGUGACUACAAAUGAAGAAUUAGAGGGCAUGUUUCCAGAAAGUGGAAAUCCAUCUAUCUUCACAUCUGAUAUAAUUUCUGAUUCCCAGAUCACACGACAGGCCUUAAACGAGAUAGAGUCUCGUCACCAGGACAUCAUGCGGCUGGAGUCGAGGGCAUCAGAGAGCCCAAAUGCGAUGUUCAUGGACAUGGCAAUGCUGGUAGAAACUCAGGUAACAGCUAAAGUGGGGAUAAUGGUUAACAACGAUGAAAAGAAUGUUUCCAAUGCAGCAGAAUACAUUUGCAGUGCAAAGGAAGAGACCAAAAAAAAAAAAGCAGUGCGAUACCAGAAAAAAUCCCAGGAGAAAUACAUUAUCCUUGCCUUUGCACUGUUGAUCCUGCUUGCUGUCAUUGCACUAAUUGUUGGCCUGUCUGUCGGACUAAACCAAACCUCCUGUAUGAGAACUGCUAAACUUCUGUGCCUUGCCAUGUGUGGGGUCGCAGGUUUACUCCUUUUGCUCAUCAUAAUAGUUGAGUCUUUGAGUGAUGGAUUUAAUGAGUCGCGCCCUCACGGGAGUCAGCUACUGUAG